UUAUUCUGAUUUCAGUCAUUUCACUCUUUUAUUGACAUUAAUUGAUAUACCAUAGUGUAUAUACAUACAUACAUACAUACAUACAUAUGUACAUAUGGGAUACUGCACGAUGCACGACUACUCACUAAUCACUACUGCACAAUACCAGUAUACAGUAUUUGUUACUUCUUACAGUAAACUUUACUCUUAUUACUAUUUUCCUAUUCAGUAUAAUUUUUUUACUUUUCUUAACAAAAUAUUAAGUAGUAACAGAAUUCAAAAUUAAAUAAUAAGCGCUCUAAUAGUGAAUUGAUUACGUAUUCACAAUGGAUAGUACACGGUCGCCUAUGGAUAACCUCUUUAACAUGCUGUCCGGCUUCAGUGCGGGUCAUGAAAAAGCCUUAAAACAAGGCAUUUAUAAUGCCGUGGCACUGUUCUUUUUGUGUCUAGUUUCAGCAGCGGGGUUUGGAUUAUAUAUUAUAUUGAGACCUUUUGUAAAACCUCUAAUUUGGGCUCUAUUAUGUGGCUCUGUUCUAUUCCCUUUCAAAUAUUCGUUAACUACGAUGGUACAGUCAUGGUUUGAAAAAACGGAAGCGUCUCAUACUCCUUUAGUAAUAAAUUUAAUAGUGCUGCCUGUACAAAUAGUAGACAAAGUAUCUGACAGUAUAGGAUCAUUUUUAUGGAAACGCAUUAAGUACAUUAUCAGUGCAUUUUUGUUGGCUGCAAUACCUUUAACUAUAUAUCAUUACAUACCUACUAUAUUAAGUUGUCUUAUAUGGAGAAUAUGUCUAAUUUUUAGUACUAUUUUUGGAUUUUUUAUAACAACAUGCAACACGUUUACGAUUGCUGUUAUACUUAUUGGAUAUUUAUCUGUGUUGUAUAUUUAUUGGACACCGAAUAAUUCCAUACAUUUCCGUUAUACCUCAUUUGUUAUAUGGUUCAUGAUUAGUUUAUAUGUUUCAAACAUAUUAGGUGCUUAUCAAAUUAUUGUAUUUAUAACACUACAGAUACUAUACUUGAUAGGAUUUAUUUAUGAGGUAAUAGGCAUUGUGGAAAACCAAGAAUUAGAAAAUAAACAAAUGACAUUCAUGGAAGCAAUAUGCUUUGCAUUAACAAAUAACUUAAUUAUAAAUAUACAACAUGAUUCAUUUCCUUCAUUUCCUAAAAGUGAAAAAGUAGAAAAUAUCAGUAAAGAGAACAUGGAUGACAAGAUAAGUGAAGAAGACAAAGAAACAAAAGUUAGAAAAUUCUCCAACAAGUCAAUGUCAUUGGAUGCAACUAAUAAAGGGGUAAUGAAGAGACUGCAAUCACCUAGUAUACCAUUACGUGAUCGUUAUUUGUUAAGAAGAUUGAAAACAGAAUUACGAAUGUCUAUAGAUAUAGAAAGUGAUAAGGUUGAUACUGACAAAUACAUGUAUGGUGCAUUAUAUGCUUGCAUUGGUAUGCUUCUUUGGAAACAUAGGUGGAUGAUAUACAUUUUAAUUAUUCCUAUAGCCUUUUAUAUUAUUAAACAACUUGGAAGUUAUUUUGGAGUAGGAAAGAUGAUUGAAAAACAAUGCAACAUUAUUAUACAAAUUAUAAAAACAUGGUGUAUAGAAAGACAUCAAGCUCUCUUACCAGUUAAUGUUAGAGGUUUAUAUAAAAUUGGAAUCAUGGUUGAUAAAAAAUUAACAAAAGCCUUGAAAGCUUCAGUUGAUUCUGUAGUAACAAUUGCUGUGAUUUUUGGCCUACUUAUAUUUACUACUUGUACCUCUAUUUUUAUAACUAUACAGGUUUAUACAGAAGGUAUGCAUCUUAUUCAUAUUACUGGAGAGAUACUCAAUUCAUCUUUAAUGAAUAAUUCAGACAUUGAUUGGUUACCUGAAGAAUGGGAAGAUUCAGUUAAUAGUGUGUUAGAUAAUGCUUACACAUAUGGACGAAGUGCUAUUUCUGACGGAGUAAAAGGAUUGGUAAAAGAUUUAGAUACUGCAAAGGCUGAACAGUUGGAAAAGAAAGUUUUAGAACUUUGGGAUAGACUUUAUCAAGCAUGGAUGAUGUCUAAUGAAAGUCCUGAUUUAAUUGGACCUACUGUAGAUGUUACAGCAGCUUAUUCAGUGUGGGAAAGCUUCAAAGAAAGUUUUGGCAAAACACCUUUACAACUGUUUAACAUGACCAACAUACAAAACUUUGUAAAAGAAAAUAUUGGGAUUUGUAUGUCAGUGUUGGACUCCAUUUGGAGCAUAGUGAAGGGAAAUAUGUCUGUGAUAUUAACAAUUUUUACAGAAUUAUUUUAUGUUAUACUUAUGAGUGGAUCAGCAGUACUUAACUUCACUCUCAGUAUGGUGGUGUUUUUUACAACGCUUUUUUACCUCCUUAGUUCUAGUGAAAAAACAUACAAACCUAUUGAGUUAACUACAGUAUUUAGUCCUAUUAAUUGUCACAGCACUUUCCAUGUUGAGGGGUUUGCUGUAGCAUUACAAGAAGCAGUAAUUGGAGUAUUUGCUGCAACGUUUAAACUUGCUUCUUUCUUUGGCAUGUGGACAUGGUUUACACAUAAUUUGUUCCAAGUAAAAAUGAUUUAUUUACCAUCAGCUUUUGCAACAAUACUCGGUGCCGUGCCAUUUUUGGAUGCAUAUUUUGCUUGCAUCCCAGCUACUUUGGAACUUUGGUUUACUCAAGGAUCUAUGACUGCUAUUCUGUUUUUCAUGUUUCAUUUUCUUCCUUGCAAUAUUGUUGUAACUGAAUUCUACAAAGAAAUUAAGGGGGGUGGACAUCCGUAUCUGACAGGUCUUUCCAUAGUAGGUGGUGUCUUUUGCUUAGGCGUAGAAGGUGCCAUUUUUGGUCCCUUAUUGCUAUGCUGUAUAAUGGUAGCAAUUAAUCUAAGUCGUCGUUAUCUACAUUCGCCAUCAGAAGAAGUUAUACCCGCGUAUGCACAAAUUAAACAGUAAUAGGGAAGUUGUUAAUAAUACUUAUAUAAUACUUGUAAUACUUAUUAUUCAAUAGUUGAACAAAAAUUAACAGAUCUUGGUAGGUUAACUUUUAAAAAUAUAGGCAAUGGUGAAUCUUAACAUCUAACAAGUGCUUUAAAUGAAGUUUAAAAACGAUCAAACAUAAGUCAUAUUUAUAUAUGUUUAACGUUCAUAUAUAGUAUAAAAAAAAUAACUUUUAUCUUUAUGAAAAAUUUUAACACACAAUACUAUUUACAAAAUAAGAUAUCUUUAUCUAGUCUUUAAAAAAGAUAGUUUACUAUAACAUGUAAUUUUUGUUACAUGUACAUAUAUUUAUGGAAUAAUUGCUUGUAUAUUUUAUUAUUUUUUGAUGAAUUUUUUACAUGAAAGUGUUUUGCUAAUAAUAUAUUUAAAAAAGAUUCAGUAAACAAAUCUCAGCUUACGCUUAUUAGCAUUGUAAGUGCGUUAUUGCAUCAAUUCAAUAAAUUAUUUUUCCGUAGUUUUUAAGAUUAAAUACUAGAAUUUAAUAGAAAAAGAAAGUAAACGUACUAUUUUAAAAUUAUUAACUCCUGAUAUUACUGAUUAAUAGAAAAAUAACAAAUAUAUAAUAAUGUUUAAUUAUAUAUAUUCUUCUUAAUAAUCUAAUUAUAUUAAUUAUAUAUACUUUCUUUAAUAAUAUUGUUUAUUAUACAUAUUGUAUACAUUGAUUUCAUGUUUCAUUGUGAUAAUGUACUAACUUCAAUAUUUAUGUUAUAUUUUGUUAUAAAAAGCCAUUGUAUAAUUUUCAAUAGUAACCAAUAAAAAAUUGUCCAAAAUUAGAGACAAAUUUAUAAGUUAACAAAGCAAAAUGUCAAAUUUAAUGUAUUUAAUAAUUAGUAUACUUCUAAUUAUUCUGGUUAUUCUUAUUGGAUUCGAAAUUUAUUUACAUCGCGAGACAUAUUUUCCACGAAGGACUUGAAAUUUAAUAUUACAAAGGUAAACAAUCAUUAUUUAAAUAGAAUCAGAGUUACCAGUAUUAGACGAAUUUAAUAAAUACCAGAAAGUGUAGUAACUUUUAAAGAUUUUCUUAGCACUUCUGGUGUGAUAAAUUCACAUGCAUGGAAAGUAACAUUUUUCUUAUUUUCAAACAUAUGGAAACCAUUUUCUGAGAAACGACCACAAAUAUUACCAGCUUCUAGCCAUACAAAAAGUGCUAUAUUAUUUGUUAUUAAUUCAAGUUCAAUAUCUGAAUAAUUAAAAUAUCUUCCAGAUCCAAGGAUAAACUUACAGAAACAUUUGCAAUUGGUAAUGCAAUAUUCUUCAGAGCAUUCCUUGGAUAUAUGUAAUUUCUUGGUGCUAUUAGAAUUCCAGUUUUGUUUCUCAAGUAAUCAUCAUCUACCUAUGGAAGACCAAGAUGGAGCUUGCCAAACAUCAUUUAAUUGCCAAUAUAAAGCACCCAUUGUCAUUCCCUCUCCUAUUUCGUUUAAAUCCGACUUUGAUUGCCGAUAAAACUCUGUUUGUAUUUUUACCGACACAGCCUGAUUAAUUUGGCUUAAAUAUAUAUAAUUUUCAAAUCUUUUUAGACUAUCUUGAGUAUCAGGUAAUUUUAAAUUUUUUGAAAUAAGAUUCUUCAAAUAUACUGUUCCUAAUGGUAAAUGUUGACGAUGUUUAAAGAAAUUGCUGUCUAUAUCUAAAUCAGUAAUAGUUCUUGUAACCGGCAACAUAGUAUAAAUUGACGGUAGCGAUUGAAACCCAUAUUCAGAUGAAAAUCUUGCACGAGGAUAUUGCUUCAUAUCCCAUCCAUUAUUAAAAUAGUUGUAAUAAUGAACUAAAAUAUUAUUAUAUUACACCUGCUUUCAAAUACAAACUGUUUCUAUAGUGAAAAAAUAUAUUUUACCAUCUCCAAAUAACUUCGAAUAUGGAUCUUUUCCAAUAUAAUUAUAUUUCUCUGUAUACAAUCCAUUACUAGGACUAGAUAUUACAAAAGGUCGUGUGGAAUCAAGUUGUUCCACUUCUUUCUUAAUUAAGUCUACAUAAAGUUUGAUAUAAUCAGUUUUAUAUAUUUGUUUAGUUCCAGUUCCAUACCAAUUUCCAUAUAGAGCUGCUUCAUUUUCAUUAUUUCCAGCCCAGAGAACAAUACUAGGAUGAUUUUUUAAUCUUUGUACAUUUUGUAUUACUUCCUUCUUAACUGAUUCAAGAAAGUCUUUUGUAGUAGGAUACAUUCCACACGCAAACAUGAAAUCUUGCCAAAUCAUGAUUCCAUAUUCAUCAGCUAUAUUAUAAAAUAAUUCGGAUUCAUAAAGUCCACCUCCCCAUACUCUAAGCAUAUUCAUGUUUGCUUCUUUGGCAGAUCUUAGUAAGUGUUUAAUUGUAUCUGUCUUAGUAGUUAACUCAGGAAAAAUACUAGCUGGAAUGAAAUUACUACCCUUCGCAAAUAUUGGAAUAUUAUUUAUCUGAAAAUAAAAGCUUAAUCCUUGUUUCAGAGUCUUUUGUACAAGCUCUACUGUUCUAAAACCAAUGCGUAUAGUUUUCUGCUUAACAUUAGUAGAAGUAGCUGCAGUUACAGUUAAUGAGUAAAGAGUUUGAUUGCCAUAACCAUUCGGCCACCAUUCAUGUACAAGGUUCUAUGUAAAAAUAUUAUUUUAUUAAAAGCAUAUAUUGGUCAAAUAUUAGUAAAUUAUAUGUCACUAUUGGGAACGUACUGUAGGUACUUUAAGAAGUAUAGUACUUUUUGUGUCUAUUUGUAAAUUAACAUUGCUGGUAUUAUGAAUAUUUGAUUGUUCAUUAAUAUUAAGAAUAGAUGAGAUAUGACAAGUUGUGUUACUUCGUGAGGUAGUUUCAAGAAAUAAUGUGAUUAUAACAUUCCAAAAUUUUCCUUCUUUAUGAAUAUCUGUUGUAACAUCCAUAAUAUAAAUUUCAUUUAUGGGAAUUAUUUCUACACUUUUCCUAAAAUUUUUUUUGAUUAAUAUGUAACGACAAAUAAUGUAAAUAAAUAAUAAAAUUAAACACACCAAAUACCCAUUGAUGGAAAAGCUGGACCCCAAUCCCAAGAAAAACUUGCUUGCAUUUUUCUUAUAUAAUUUACAUGACAUUCUCCAUUGUAACUAUCUGGAUUGCAUAUUGGAGGAAUAACAUACUUCAAUGCUUGUUUAUUGUGUAAGGCUUCAGCUAUCUUAACAGGGGAAGAAAAAGAAACUUCCAACAAAUUUUCCCCUCUCUGAAAAAUAGAAUAUUAAUAAAUAAAUAGAAUAAAUAAUUGUAUGAUAUGAAUAAAUAAAAAAUGAAUUGCUUACUUCUAAGUGUUUUGUUACAUCAAAUGUAUAUCUUAAAAACAUAUUUGAUGUUUCUCCAACUUUUUGUGCAUUUAAAAAGAUUCUAGCAAAUGUAUCUACACCAUGGAAAAUUAAUACUACUUUAGGUGCAUUUAAUAAAGUAUUGUUUAC